AUGUGGCCCUUAUUGGGACCUAUUGAAUAUAACCAGGUACUUCCAUCAGCAAAGUCGAAUCAUACAAUGUCGGAUGUUCGAAUGGUAAACAUUCCAUCGAAAACAGCGAAAAUUAUUUCAAAUAUUCAAUAUAUCGAUUCGAUUUCAUCAACAUGUCUUGCAUUAUAUACUAUAAUCUUGUUAUUGCUCUGUGCGUUACCAAUUUUUGCACUUAAUAUUUAUUUACGGCAAGCCUUCGCUACUGUCCAUCAAACAAAUAAAGCGCAAUUUGAUGAUUAA